AGAGGAGGAAGCCGCUCGGGGCCAGAGUUUUGUUUCUGUUCUUCAUUCUUCAGUCAGUCAGUGCAAGCAAGUUGGAUAGGGACGCACACCGGCGGCUGCCGAACGCAUUCAACGGCCGAGUGAGAGGAACCGCGAUUGUCCGAGUGGCGUCCGAGCGCGGGACGAUCGGCAAAAAGUGACGAUGACUUAGGCGGACGUAAGCGGCAGGUGUCAUUUGCGUGGUGUCAUCGUUUUUAACCGCCCAACCAUUAACAACAACAACAACAUAGGCGCCCCCAACGUCGUGGUUGGGGGGCGGCUCGGGGGCGGCUUUGGGACAAUGUGUCCAAACGGAGGCCUCGACGGGCCGCCUCCGCCGCGGCUGCACCAACCCGGCGGGCCGCAGGCUGCGGCCGGCGGCCCGCAGCCCCAGGUGCCGAUGGGGGCGGUCGCCUCCGGUGGAGGCGGCAUGGUAGAGGGCCGCCGGCAGACGGUGGUGGACAGGUUGCGGAAACGCAUCGAGAACUACCGGAAGAGACAGUCCGAGUGUCUGCCAAAGCACGACCGCUCCUUCAACGGCUUCUGCGAACAGAAUCUGCAGGAGACGAUGAUGCUGAAGCAGAAGUUCUUGGAGACCAAGGCCAAGCGCCAGGCCAAGAAGUCAGAGAAGAAGACUGAGCCGCCCCCGACGGCCUCCAUGGGCCACCUUCACAGCCAGCAGCAGCAACAGCAGCAAAAAUAUCUGAAGCGGAAUUCGGAAGAGCUGCAGGACGGGGGCGGCGGAGAUUCAGGCUUCGAGCCGCCCCCAAAGAUGCAGUGCACGGGUGGCCCGCAACAGCAGCAAGGGCCUCCGGGGGCGGCAGGUGCUCAGGGUCGGGGGCAGCAGCAGGGCGGAGGCGGCGGCGAAAGUCUGACCAAGUUCUCUGUGGAGGUGGUGCAGCAGUUUGAGUUCACGGCGUCGACGGCCAAUGCGCAGGCGCAACAGAUCUCGACCAACGUGACCGUCAAGGCGAUGACUAAUGCGUCGGUCAAGAGCGACGUCACCGCCGCCGCCUCCCCGGCCCCUGAGAGGGGUGCCACCCCCAAGUCCAACCCUGGCACGCCAGCCUCCGCGGCCACGCCGGGCUCAUCGCAGGCAGGGACGCCGCAGCAGGGACGCUCAUGCAGCUCUGUGGCCGGCGUCGACAUCGGCUCCCUUGUCGAGUGCAAACAGGAGCCUGGCGACUCAGAAUUUGUUGAUUUGGAGCAGUGCGCCGCUGCCUUGGAGAAGGACGGGGCAAACGGGGUCGCAUUCAGCUUCCCAGAUCUCAUGGGCGACGACGCGGGCGAGGAGAUGCUCUCGUCGGACGCCUUCAAGGAACUAAUCAACGAGAUUACUGACUUCCACCCCGAGUUCAUGAAGGACAUCGGUUUCCCCGAAAAGCCCCACGAACACCAACAUCCACCCCCAGAGUCGCCAAUGCUGCCGAUGGACUCAAAACUUGGCGUCCACAGUCCCUCCCAAUUCCAGCAGCAGCAGCAGCAGUACGACAAGGGCAACCGCAUGGGCACCUUUGACUUCAAGUCCGAACUGCGGCCGGCGGCCCAAACGCUGAAGCAAAUGGCUGAGCAGCACCAGCACAAGACCCAGCUCGGAAUGAACUUCAGUCCAGCCGCUGCGGCGGCGGCCGUGGCCGCCGGUGGGGCCGCUGGAGGUGGUGCUGGACGAAACGUCCGAUCGCCGUACGGAGAUUUUGGUUUUCCGACUGGCACUGAGGCGACCGCCUUCAUGCACAGCCCCACUUCUGCGCCGCCCCCGCCACCCCCAUACCUGAACAAGACGCCUCCGGCCAACUUCGGGGAGCCCACCAUGAUGCAGCAGCAACAGCAGCAGACCUUUGCCAUGGAGCAGAAGCGUCAGAUGAGCCAGAAAAUGGCCUUCACGCAGCAAAAGCAGCCCCAAAUGGGUAACCAGGGCCCUUUCUCGCCCUACGGCAGCCCCAACCACGGCAGCCCCCAGUACAUGGCGCGCGGCCAGCAACCCCCUCCCAACGCGGGGCCCCAGGGACCCCAACAGCAAUUUGCCGGAGGCUCCACCCCUCCCCACAGGCCACCCUCACUACCCGGAAACGGCCCUACGGGGUCGUUGCACUUGUCGCAAUCCCAGCAGAUGCACCUCAGUCAGCAGGCUGGACAGCAACAGAUGCAGGUCUCAGCAAACCAGCACAUGCAGAUGACCGCCGAGCUGAACAAGUCAAGUCCGGGCGGUGUCAACGUCAACGUCCAGCAGCAACAACAGGCGGCCCUUUUCUACCAGCAGCAGCAGCAACAAGAGUCGUACUCGCUCAACCAGUCGCAGACCAUCAACUUCACGCAGCAAACCCUGCGGCAACGCAACCCUCCGCGGCCGCAGGCGCCGCCCCAGCAACAACCCCAUCAGCAGCCCCAGCCCGACGGACCCCCUGGCCGGCCCAUGGACGUGCAGCAGCAGCAGAAAAUGAUGCAACACAUCCGCGCCCAGCAACUCAUGCAGCAGCAGCAGCAACAACAACAACAACAACAACAACAGCAGCAGCAGCAACAACAUCACCAGCAGCAAGGCCUCCGGGGGCCGCCCCCAGAGUACAAACACCCUCAGCAGCAAAUCAUGCAGCAGCAGCAGAGGUUCCAGGUCAACCAGGUUCGGCAACCGAUGCGUCAGCAGGCAAUGCCGCCGUCAGGCCCGAUGAUGCGCACCCAGGGUCCGAUGAUGGGUGGGGGGUACCAGCAGCCCCCGCAGCAGCAGCAACAGCAGCAGCCCCCGCCACAAAUGGCCAGUCAGAUGGGCACCCGAUCUCCAUACAGCGUUGCCCGGCAACAACGACCACCCAACGUCAGCAUCGGACCGGACGGUCUCAACAUAGGAGGCCGCGUCGGCGCUGGGCCACCCCCGGGGGCGGCCGCCAGUCAGGAGUGGCGGCAGCUGAUGAUGUCGCAGCAGCAGAACAUGAGUUUCACACAGAACAUGCACUCCCAGCAGCACCCCCAGCAUCCUCAACAUCCCCAGCAGCCACAGCAGCAGAUGCGGCCAAACUUCAAUCCUCAACAAGGUUCCUAUGGUGGCAUGGUCGGCGGGCCUCAAGCCAACAUGCAGCACCAGAUGAUGCAGCAGAACCAGCAGCAGCAGCAGCAGCAGCAGCAAAUGCUGCGGCAACAGCAGGCCAGUAUGGGCGGCCCGAUGGGCCCCGGCGGCAUGGGCGGGCCCAUGCUAAUGGGCCAGCAGCAGCCCCACAUGCAGAACCACCACCCCGGCGCCGCGCCGCAGCCGAAUCAGAUGUCAAUGAACAUGCACAUGUCGCAAUCGAUGUCUGCGAGCGGCCCGAUGGGCCCGCAAGGGUCUCAGGGUCAGCAGCACUCGCCAUACGGCAACGCCCAGCAAAGCACGGCGACGCCGCCGGCGCAGAACGACUUCAGCCUUGAGUUCCUGGACAACCUGCCAGGCGCUGGGGACGCGAGUCAAUUCACCGAGCAGGAGUUGCUCUCAACGCUUGACUCGACAUCUGGCUUUCUUCUGGACGGACUGUGAAAUUCCCUAGGUGAUAAGAAGUGAAUCUAAUAGUUGGAAAUAAAUGUUGCAAAGUGCGCGGCAAAUCACAAUUAUUAUCGAAGUAAAAUUAAAUCUAAAUAAAAUGCCAUUAAAUAAAUAAAUCAAAGAUACAAAAAAUCGCGCGAUUCGAAGCAACCUGUUGUAUAACAUGCAAAAUUAGAGAAAUCAGGGCGCUUGUGAGACAAGUGCUCUGUUUUGUUUUUGUUGUGGCAUUGUAGCUUUGUAAAUACUUAAGAAGGAAGAAGGACCCUAUCGAAAAAAGGAAAUACUAAGUCUUAAGCGACAGAUAUUUAUUGAGGAAAUCUUAAUGUGACUUUUCAGAUUGUUGACAAAUUCGACCAUGUUUUUCCAAAGUUUGGAAGAAAUUAUUAAAAGAAAGAAAGAAAGCGCACUGCCAAAAAUCAAUUUGUGUCAUUAUAUCUAGAGAUGGUACUUAAGCCAAUCAAUUAAGCAGGCACGUUUUUACCAAAGCUCUAAAAUUAGCCAACUAGACAAAGACAGACCGAGAGAUGCCUGAAAAUUUUCGAACUGAAAAGUCGGCAUUCGAGAAAAGCUUGAUUCUAAAAUUAGGACGGAGUUCGCCUCACAAUGCGAAAUUUGCUUUUGCAACAGAGGCGAAGUUGGCGUCACUUAAGACGUGUUAAUAUUCAGCAGCAAGUUAUAAUCGUGAUUCUAAGAAGAAGACGAAGCAAGAGAAAUCAGCACACAAAUUUGAAGUUUGCAUGCAAAAAUAAUUUUACCAAUUCAGUAGCUCUUAAAGUUAGCAAGAAAGGAAUGGUUAAACAAAUCCUUAAAAAAAAAAAGAUUUUCUAGCAAGUGCGAGUAAACGAGAAAUAAUCGACACGCAAUUAAUUCAUUAACGUGAGAAGAGAGAUGGGGGCUCUAUUAAUUAAAAAUUAAAUUAAUUAAAAAAGCACACACAAAACUCGUCUGUAAGCCAGUGAAAAUAUUAAAUAAAAAUUAUUGUUUUCUGUCUCUUCUUUCCCGAGUAGUGAGCUAAAAAAAGUACUUUGUCAAAUGAAAAAAUCACCAAUUUUCCAUAGGCACUUUUCUAGUAGCGCUUUUGCAAAGUAGAUCAAUGUGACUUUUAGGUUGCUAGCGGGAGAAGAAGGAAAAAAAUGAAAUUAACCCUGUCGUCGUUCGCGCCGUGCUUCCAAGUGCACCUCCUUAAAAACGUCAAAAAGGCCGCAAAUUCGAUUUUGAAAUUCUUUAUCUAGGCUCAAAAUUAGGUUGCAUUUUAAAGUGCCUAUAAAUUUUAAUAUCCAAAAUUUGGGGGAGCAAAAAUUGAAAAUUUUAAAAUGGUAUAUUGAUUUUUAUGAAUCACCUAAUUUUGUCACAUCAUUAAAAGUUUGAAACGAAAUUUGCGAACUAAAAAAUAAAAAAGUCGCCCUCCGACGUGUUUUCUAAACAAUUAUAACAAAAUCCAUUCCAGAGCUGCAGUUUUUUUUAUUUAAUUUGAAUUUUAGCAGUUUUCAGCAAUAAAUUAAGAGCAAUUUUUGUGUUUGUUUAUUGUUGGUUCAUUUUUGCGCGCAUUUUAGGCCAGUAUACUGUAAUUGUUUUUUAAUUAAAAUCUUAAACAUGCUCAUACCUGCUAACUAGACAAAGAAAGAAAUAAUGCGAUAUUAACUUUAGUAACAAAACAAAAAAGCUACGCAGCAGCCCAUCUGUCAAAAUAAAAGCGGAAGGGGACCAACAAACGGAUCAAUUUUUGUAUAACGCAUCCACUUGAAAUAUAAAAAUUAUAGAUCCUGUUUUUAUUUAAAAAAAAUCAGCACUCAGCAGAAAUGAUUUUAUUUGUAAAUCUAGUUUUACGUCGAAAGCUGGCCGCGGGACCACUCAAAAAGAGAGAAAGGAAAUAAAUUCGCCACACAAAAUCCUUCUUCUAAACUCUGUAAAAACAUGUAUAAAAAUCUCUCUCUUUGGGUUCGAGGAAAUUUCCAAAAGAAAAUUGCUUGUGCCCCGAUUUUCUCACUCUGUCAGUCUCUCCCACCAACCAAACACACCAACCGGAAUUUAUAUGUAUAAUGUAAAGAAGAAGAAAAGUGUUGCCGCAACUUACCGCAAUUGUAAAGAAGAAUUAUUAUUCCAAGGCCAAAAAUGUGCUGUCGUCGCCAUGUGUUUCAAGAUGAAGGAAUUAUUAUUGUAGACUUAAAUAGGCGCUACAAAGAUUUGAAAUCUGCGAGAUGAUUAUUUUCAGAUGACAAAUUGUUGUUGGUUAUAUACUUUUUUCCUCCUUUCUUUCCUCCCUAUAUACUUUUAAUGUACAUAAAUCUGCAGUAUAUCUUUUAUAAAGAAACUAAGCAACAACUUUUUAUCUUUUUUAUGCUACUUUAUACAAAAAGUCUGUCCUUUUUUGCAUCUUUGUACUUUCUAUUUGCAAUUAUAUAUACAAAUAAUUAUUUUUGCCUCCGAUUUGUAUUUUUUGUUUAGCGCCGCUCUGUAUAUUUUGUUACAGUGUGUGAAGAAAAUGAAGAAGAAACAAGACGUACACAGA